UGCCCGGUACCCUAAACGACUUUUCUCUCUCUACAUACUUUUCCUCCGUCUCUUUCCUUUAUAAAAUAUUUCUCCUCCUCUUAUAAAACCAAACGGGACCUUCCUGUCCCUCUUCUUCACUUGCUAUCUUUCAUCAGCCUCUCCAUUCUUUCUUCUUUCUUUCUUCUUUCUUUCUGUUAAUCAUAACAAUAAAUAUAUACAGAGAGCUUCACUUCACAAGUCCUCCUUUGGAGGAGAGCUGUACAGUUGAGCACCUACGACUUCUUUCCAGAGAAGAUUUUAAGGGGAAAAAAAAGGAAAAAGAUGAAUCAGUGUGCAAUCCAUCCAAGCGCUUUCUCUACCCUUGACGAGAUCCGGAGUCCCGUGUCGGUUCCCAUCUCGGAGCGGAGAGAUCCGGUUGUUUGCCCCAAACCAAGACGACUUGGUCUGUUGAACGCCACCGUUAACGAUCAGCCUGUCAGGUCUCUAAGAUGGCAGCUCAGCCACCAAGCUGAGCUUUGUGAUUCAAAAGGAGGAACUGAUUUCUUGGACAUCAUCCUGACAAAGGGUGUUUAUGGUGUGGAUCAAUCCUGUACACAAAUAGCCUCGUCGCCGCCCUUUUUUUGCGGGUCGCCGCCGAGCAGAGUAGCUAACCCAUUAAUUCAAGACGCUCGAUUUGGGGAUGAGAAACUCUCCCCUAUAUCACCACUCUUGCCCAUGCCGACUCCGCCUCCGUCGGGUCUAUCAUCAUCUCCGACUUCCUCUUCAAGGAAAGGAGGCUGCGUUCGAUCAAAUUUUGGAAACAAACCAGCGGUGAGGGUCGAGGGGUUUGAUUGCCUCGACAGGGAUCGCAGGAAUUGCAGCAUCCCUGCUUUGGCAUAGAGAGAAAACCCCAUUUCAAUUAUACAAAAAGUAAAUAUUUAAAAAGAGCUAAACAAACAAUCGCGUCAAACAACUUCGGUAGUGAGAGGAAUUUUGAAAUUCUCAUGAGGGAAAGUGAUUGCAUCUUUUGCUAGUGUAAAUAUGUUUUCAAGGGUUCUUUUGUAUGUAAUGAUGUAUCUGUGCAAGUCGAAUCAGUGGUUGUUAACAAGAAUAAUGGAGGGUUACUAGAAUUUUGAUUUUAUGGGAUUGGGUUGAACUAAGAGAUCAUUCUUUUUCCACUCAAUCCUGCUUAUGAAUCUCAGGUGAGAUGUGAAAUUUUUUUUCUUUUUGUAUCUUUUUUGUUCUGGGUCCUGGAUCUCCAAUGAGCGGCUUAUGAAGGGAAAUUUGUACAAAAAUCAAGCCGGCGUUGAGUCUUUGAUGUACUAAUUUAUAAUGUAAAUAUACUCUUCUUUUGUUCA